CAAACACUCUCUUCACCGCUUGGGCUGUCGAGCGCGUUGGUUUAGCGUCUGCCUUGUGCCAAAUAAUGACUGUUAUGGGUAAAGAAAAGACUCACGAUAAAGAAACUUUGGAGGAUGUCUAUCGAGCUUUGAUAGCUGUAAAGGAAAAUUCCUCAGAUGGUUCUUUAAAGACGAUUGGUACCGGUUGUGCAGUGCGCACUGGAAAUGUGUUUGGGAUCAACUGGAGAAAGAAAUAUCAUCUUUUAAUUUCUUCUUCCUUAGUUAGCAAGGACGCUUUGGAAUCUCAUGAAAAUCGAGGGAAAUAUAUCGGAGAAUUUGAGAAUGGCAAACCAAAACUUGAACUGGAAAAGGCCUCGAAUACUUUCUUCAAGAAAGAACAUAAAGAUUUCCAUUUCAUAGCUAUAGGUCGUGGACGUUCUGGUAAACUAGGUCACCAUGUUCUAGACGUUUGUCUACUCGAACGCGACCAAGUUUUACAAGGAAAGUUGUACUGUUUUGUUGCUGUGGUAUCGAACGAGAAAUCUGGUAAUCAUUCCUUCAAGAUGCAUGAGAUAGUAAAUAAUUCUGGGCGCUACGAGACGACAGACACUCUGACUUCUGACGAGUUUCCUAGAGGAGCUCCUGUAUUGAACAACGCUCAUGAUAUUGUUGGGAUUGUAAGUCGUGUUUCAGAUGGAAAGAAAAUAGAAAUAUGUUUUGUAAGCGAUUCACAUCAUGUCGAACCCGAGCCACGUAAAACGGAAGCCAACAUUCCUACGGUAGUUACAGAGGAGAAAAAUACCGUGAAUGAGAAAUCGGAGAAUGUUAAUGUGAAGCGUGACCUUCAGCCUCCAGAAAAGCCACAGAGAUCAAAAAAAGUUAACAGAUCACAGAGUGAGAGAAUUCCUUGUCAUUCAGGGACAGGGAAGGAUCGUGAUUUGCGACAUUCGUUUCGCUAUGGUAACCGCAAUGGAUACAAGGUUUAUGUUUCAAGCGAAGCCAAAGAAAAUGGAGUACAAAAGUGGAAACCAAAAGGAUUUGGAGCAAAGAAAAAUCUUUUUGAGUCGAAGGAACCUGUGAAAUUCCUUGGUGUUUCUCAUACUGCAAGUAACCUUGGUAGAGGUUAUUAUGCAAGGAAGUUGCUUGGCAAACCCAGGCCAAAGAUUUCAUCUUCAGUCAGUUUGCCAAACAAGCUUAAUGAAGUGGACUGCAAGAAAAUGAAGACAUUUUCUGGUCUCAAAGGUCGUAGAACUUUGAGCUCCUCAAAUAUACUUGCAGCCCAUCUUGUGAAGGAUUUACCAUCAGACUUGAAAAGCCAGGCUGCAAAUAUAUUUGAUGAUCCUGCCAAAGGUCAGUUGUGGAGGAAAAUUGCCGCUCAUUAUGAAAUCACAGAUGUGGAAGUCAAUGACCUUGCCUUUGGAGCAUCUCGACAUAUUUCUGGGAGCGAGACAAAAGCUUUGUUCCAAAAACUGUCAAUAAAGAAACCAGAAUUGACUGUGUCUGAUUUUGUUGACUAUCUUUUUUGCCAGCAUGUCACGCAAGAAAUUGUGAAUCUAUUUUGGCCUCACAUUUAUAAAGGAUUUUAAAAGCCAGUUCAUUUAAGACUCUGUUUAAUUAUUAAUAUAGAUUUUAUUUGUAAAAUAGUAAUUUUGAGCCAAGAACGAAAUUGACAUCAAUUGAGAUCACGUGACCAGAGGCAACGUGACGUCAGAACAUUGAAUUCAACAAUGGCGGCUAAUUUGAAGUAUACAAACGUAUCAGAGGAGAGUUUCAUGACAUUUAGGUCAGUAAACAAAGUUGAAGAACUAAGUAUAACAGAUUUUUAGAGUAAAUAAAUAAGCAUAAGCAACGCAAA